UCCCAAGAUGAAAAUAUAUAUAAAAACUGCGUUAUAGUCCUUUAAAAUGAUUCAUGGCCGUCUGACCUGCAGGGGCGCUGUCAUUUCUCUGUCCGUUUAAUCCGCCGCGGACGAAGGAAAAAGGGCACAAAGAAGACGAGCUGGAAGCGACGCGCCAUUGGUCAGAAGCGCCGCGGCAGCGUUUCCUAUUGGCUGCCCGAGUUGCCCCGCCAGUUGGGUCCAGAAACAGCGCCACAAUUGAACAGCGUCCAAUUAGUUGUUGUCUGCCGACUUUUUGUGGUAACAUUUAUACAAAAUGUCUCACGCGUGAGCUAAUGUUAACUCGGAGUUCGCAACAUCAUUCAACAUUUGGUUUCCGUCCGAGUGGCUCGAGUUUCAAAGCCGAAAGAGGCGGCCGGUGCGGACCCAACCGGGAGCUAACGAUGCUAGCAUGUGUUAGCCGAACUCACUGAGCUGUUUCAGGCGUCUUGGUGGCCGUCAAUAGUUCUACUCUGUCGGCCUUAGCAGGGAUGAGCUGCCCGGUGAACCUCCAGGCUCUGCCGUCCGGGGUGUUUGAGGCGGUUUUUACUCCAGAGAACGCGAGAGCAAGAACCUCCAUGAACUCUCUCGCUACGCUGAGUUUCCCCAAAUCCAGAUCCGCUCUGUGGGACGGCAGCCCUGCAGGAGAGGAGCUCCGCCUCGGGCUCUGUGCUUGCAGGAGGCCUCGGCUCGUGCUGUUGGAGAAAGCUCUGCGACUGGCCCAACGCCACGCCCGUCACAGCAACAAGCCCCGCCUCCCGUGUUUCCUCCUGGGGUCAGUGUGUGUGGAUGCAGAUGAGGAGGGGGUCACUGUGACUUUGGACCGGUUCGACCCAGGUCGGGACCAGGCUGGAUCCCUGAGCAGGGUCCCUUCUGCUCUGCUGCCCGGAGACGUCCUGGUGCCCUGUUGUUUCUCCACGCAGGCCGAGAGCCCGUCUGACGUCCAAUCGGAGGCGGAGCUGCAUCACUGCUUCAAGGCGCUACAGCAGAGCGUGAGCGGCAGACAGACCCCGGAUCUGUCUCAGCUGAUGAAGGUCAGAGGUCACGUCGCCUGCUCCCGGCAGGCUGACGCUGCAGUGUUCGGCCUCAGCUGGUCAGCCGUCUGCCUGUCCGUCAGUGUGGACGUCCAGCCGGUCCGAGCCGUUCCCAUCAUCCCCACCGCGCUGCUGAGGAGUCUGACCGCCGUCGACCGGCCGCCGCCGCCGCGCACCGCCAGCCGCCACAGAGGGUUCCUGACCAUGGAUCAGACCAGGAAGCUGCUCCUGCUGCUGGAGUCCGACCCUAAAGCCUCCAACCUGCCGCUAGUGGGACUGUGGCUGAGUGGAGUCACACACGUCUCCAACCCUCAGGUGUGGGCCUGGUGUGUGAGGUUCCUGUACAGCUCCGCCCUCCAGGACAGAGUUCUUUCGGAGAGCCGCUGUUUCCUCCUCGUCUUGUUCGCCUCCACCCACAGAGCGCCUCAGUUCUUUCAGUGUCGAGGACCAGGACCAGGACCGGCAGCGCAGCUGGACUACCAGCUGCUGACGGCCACACAGUGUGUCACACUGUACCAGCAGGUGGUCUCGGUAGAGGGUCGGACUCUGCAGUGUGAGCUGCGCUCAGAGAAUCACAGCAGACAGGCGGAAGUCUUCAGGGAGGCCAGAACGUCCUUCAGCAGAGCUGCCCCCCCCGCCGCCGGUCUGUCUGCCAGCGAUCAGGACUCUGGAGUUGAGGACGAAGACUUGUCUCCGCGGCCGUCCCCGAGCCCCCACGCCCCCGCUCAGCAGGCUCGCAGGGUCCAGCCGUCUGUCCCUGAACUUUCUCUGCUGAUGGAGAGCAGCUUCACCUCCAAUCAGAACGCUCGGCAAAGCCCUGGCCCCGCCCACAGAGACCCUCCCCCUCAUGCUGUUGGGAGGAAGUCUGCUCUUCCAUCCAGAAACACUACCGCCUCCUCAGCUCCCAGACCUGCUGCUCCACCUCCUCAUCACCACAGCACUCCCAAUUCCAACCCGCAGGAGCCGUGCUCCUGCUGCCCCACCCACACCUACUGCACCUCCAUCUUCCCCUCCCCAAGGCUUCACUCUGCUCCUCUUCCUCCAUCCUCCAACUGCCACACUCCUCCUCCCUGUGGUCACCCCCCUUCUUCUCUUCCUCUACCCUCCAAUUACAACACUCCUCCUCCUCCUUGUAGUCACCGCCCUGCUCCUCUUCCUCCAUCUUCCCACCAUCACACUCCUCCUCCAGCCAGUCAACACCUUCCUCCUCUUCCUCCAUCCUCCCAUCACAACACUCCUCCACCAUCCAGUCACCAUCCAACUACUCUUUCUUCCUCCAUUCUUGCUAUUCCUCUCUCCUCCCUUCACCACACUCCACCUCCCGUCUCCACCCACUCUCCUCACAGCUCGUCGUCUCCUCCCUCUGCUCCUCGUCCUUCCCGUCUUUGUCGCCACACUCCUCCCGACCAAUGGUGUGGUGACUCCCCCUCCCGUCCAGCAGCAGCAGACUCUGCGUCCCCCCCCAGGCCUUCCCGUCCCGCCUGUGUGAGUCAGUGCUGUGAUCAGUUGGAGGGGGUCGUGCCCUCUGACACCUACCAGCUCCUCCUUCAUCAGGACCGACAGCUCCGCCUACUGCAGGCACAGGUCCAGAUGCUGCUGGAAGCUCAGGUCAGACCUCAGCCGUCAGUUGGGCAGGUGGAGGUUCAGACGCCCAGGAGCACCGUCAGCAUCGCAGUAGGGACAGGGGCCAGUCUGUUCUGGGGGGAUCCUGUCCAGUCGCCCCUCCCCCCUCAGGAGGUAGCGGCCCCUUCUUCUUCCUACUCCUCACACGGCGACCUGUCCGCCGUCGGGUCUGCAGGCCGCACUGAGGACUGCGAGGCUGCAUGCUCCCCCUCCGGUCAGAACAGCGUCAGCGCUCUGCAGAGUCCCGUUCUGGGAGAGAGCGUCAGCAUGUACGAAGAGCAGCAGAGCUUCUACCACAACCUGAUGACUCAGGUCACCAGUCGUCUGCAGGAGUCCGAUAGUAAACAGGAAGUAGAAGAGGAGUCCAGGAGGAGGAGCCUGUCUGAGGAGUCCAGGAGGAGGAGCCUGUCUGAGGAGUCCAGGAGGAGGAGCCUGUCUGAGGAGUCCAGGAGGAGGAGCCUGUCCUCCCAGUCCAGGAGGAAGGAGAGCAGUGGAGGCGACCCGGUGCUCGCAGCCACUGUGAGGCAGCUGCAGCAGCUCGGGGUCGUCGUGGGCCGAGACGAUCUGACGGAGUCUGAGCGCAGAAUCCAUGAGACGGUGGAGAGCAGCAGCACUCUGGCGAGCAUCAACCCGGCGGCGGUUCUGUCCCGGCUGAGUGUGUCCGAGCCAACGGCGAGCGCUCUGUUCUCUGAGGGCAGCGUGGAUCUGAGCAUGGAGGCCAACGCCAUCGCCCUGCGCUACCUCAGCGACUCGCAGCUGAGCAGACUCUCUGUGGGAGGCCACGCCCCUCGCACAGGCCCCGCCUCCAACCAUUCCCUCAUGUCUCUUAGCAACAUGUCUCUGGCCACCAGGAAGUACAUGAGGAGGUAUGGCUUGAUCGAAGAAGAGGAACAGGGGGAAGAAGAAGAAGAAGAAGUGGAGGGCGAGGAGCAGGAGGCUGAUGUUCUGAAUUCUAAGCUCCUCCCACAAGGUCAGCUGAUCCUGUGCCCACGGCCCAAAAUGCAGCCAUUAGUGAACACUGCCGACAAGGAGAACUGUUCCAGCAAGCGGCCAUCUGUACUGAGGGCGAGCGGCCGUCAGACGGACGGAUCGAUGGGAAACAUUCUGGACCUGAGCCGCCUCAGACAGCUGCCCAAACUCUUCUAAGAACGUCUUGAUGCACGCGGCGUCACUUCAGCGUGGAACGUCUCCGCUGGUCUUCCAUCUUAAGUCAAAUAGACUUUUUAUGAAUUGAUGUUUUCUAAAUGAGUGUGUGUGUCUUACGUGGGAGCCGACGCAUCUUUCUGAAAUUUGUAUGUGUGAAGUGUUUUUCUACCACUCCCUGUUUUUAAUGUGAAAUGUCUUUUGCAUAGGUUUUUUAAAUAUUUAUUUCACAAAUAAAAUUCAUAUUACUUUUAA